GUUUCUGUUAUAUAAAAGGAUCGAUUAGUUGGACAUUUAGUUUUAUGAAAUCUGUAGAUUUUUCUCGAGAAAACGAAACAGGAAAAUCUUGUUCGCCGGGGAAAAAAAAACUCAACACCGUGCCUGAAAUUUUCUUACACUUUCUUUGCCGCAGUCGUCUCCGGUUACCUGAUCUCGCCGUCACCAUGACAACAUCAAGGCGCCUUGCAGAGAGGAAGGUGGAGAAAUUCCAGAAGAACAUAACAAAGAGAGGAGCUGUGCCUGAAACAACCACAAAGAAAGGAAAUGACUAUCCUGUAGGUCCUGUACUGCUUGGUUUCUUCGUGUUCGUUGUCAUUGGAUCGUCUCUCUUCCAGAUUAUCAGGACAGCUACCAGCGGAGGCUUUGCAUAAUCCAUUUUAAGAAAUUGAAGAAGAUAUUUGUCUUUCCAUGUAUUUUUUUCUUCUUUUUAAAUUAGUCUUGUAGGAAACUGAUGAAACAUUUACCACAUGUUAUGAACUAUUCAGAAUUUGAAUAA